UCGGUGCCAAGUUCUAUGUUGAAUUCAGACAGACAUGAUAAAGUCCUGAAACCAACACGUGACCAUCUCUUAUUUAUGUCUUUUAGAGUGCCUCGUGUAUAUAUUUUCUCUCCACUGAUGUUUGGUCUUACUAUCUUUUUAUUUAUGAUAGCCAAAAUUAUGAUGCUUCAGAGGAACCAAAUGAGCAGUUUAAUGUAAUCUGUUUUCACCAGAGACAUUUAUUGCAUUAAUCUUUAACUCAUUUUUCGAUGUUUAUUUUUCAGUAAAUAUUUGUAAUAUAGGAUGAGCAUUAGACUUUUAUCAGAUGAAGCAUUAUCAGCCUUACCGGGAGAAAGUGGAAGUAUAGCUGAAGCAGUGGGUCCUGUCGAAGGCUUGGCACAAGGGUCAUCAGGUGAACCGAUAGAUCCGAGUAAUACCAGUGCUUUAGCGGCUGCUUAUAACUUCACCGGCAGUAGUGCUUCAGCCCAUGGCGCGACUAUGCAAGAAUAUUUUGUACAGGCUGUGAUCUCAUCUCCUAUUCAGCACGAAUUAUUAUUGAAUCGACUUCAUGGAUUGUGUCGUGAAUGGACAGAUUUCUGUGACCAGGAAAUUAUUUUUGAAAUAGGGAGUGAUUCCCGAGCAGAUGCAAGUAGUCUUGUAGGUAACAGGUCAUCUGCAAAUACAUCAGCUGCCAUCGGUGCCUUAGCCAUCUCUGGAUCGGGAAGUGCUAAUGUUACUGUACGUGUGCGUCGAAGUCUUCUAGAUAAAGUAAACAGAAUUGGUCGUGAACUUUCCGUCCUACGUUAUUUGGGUGCGGUGGAAACUGAUAAAAUAAUUUUACGACGUAGCUGUCUUGAAGUGCCUGUUACGGGACCUAUUGUUAGCUUUCUUUAUGAUUUAGGCUUCGAACAUGAAUUCACCUACAUAGCUGAAGGUCAAGAAUUUAUCCGUGGACGCGUUAAAGUGUUGGUCUACACUUUAAAUGAAAUCACUCAAUAUCAUAGUUUAACAGUUUCAAAUACUAUGGGUUUGAGUUUUGAUGGACAGCUAAUCCCAUUAGUAAACUAGACCACAACAGGAACGACGGGAUGUACCAGGAUAAUAUGAACUCAUUUUGUGGAAUGAGACCGUUAUUAUUAAUAUUAUUUUGAAGGAUUCUUCUGAACUGGCCACAAUCUGAACAAUACAAAAAAUAUAAAUUACAAUGAAGAUAUGAACAUUCUCUUUCGUGAUUGAUUGGAACUAAGAAUAAAAAUGCGGAAUUAGCACCAAAAGAAUGGAGACGUAUUUGUUCUCGUAGUUGGAUGGUAGAGAUAAGCACAAUUGGUAGUCCUGCAGAUGACUCCUUACAAGAUGAAAUAACUGAGUUUACAGAACUUCUUCAUCCACUCAUUGUUCCAACAAAACUUGAUCACAGUCCGUUCACUCGUAAAUGAUAUCUAUAUUCCUACGGGGAGUAUUUCACCAAAUAUUUUGCUAAGAUGGUGGUCGUCUGUGAAGUGUACACUCUAAUUUAAUUAAUUAUAACACUUAUUUGACUUGUGUAAAUACAAUAAAACGUUCAAAAUAAAA